AUGGCACUCAACAGUGCUGGCGGCGCCGCCAGCAUUGCCCGCGUCUAUGCUGAUGUCAACCAAAAUAUGCCCCGCGCAUACUGGGACUACGACAGCGUGAACAUCUCCUGGGGAGUGUUGGAGAACUACGAGGUAGUGCGUAAGAUUGGCCGCGGAAAGUAUAGUGAAGUUUUCGAAGGCAUCAACGUCGUCAACUACCAGAAAUGCGUCAUCAAAGUUCUGAAGCCGGUCAAAAAGAAGAAGAUAAAGCGCGAGAUCAAGAUUCUGCAGAACCUGGCGGGGGGACCCAAUAUCGUGGCACUGUUGGAUGUUGUCCGUGAUAAUCAGAGUAAAACACCGUCUUUGAUCUUCGAAUAUGUCAAUAAUACCGAUUUCCGCAGCCUGUACCCAAAGUUCCAGGACUACGAUGUGCGGUACUACAUUUAUGAGCUGCUCAAGGCACUGGACUUCUGCCACAGCAAGGGCAUCAUGCACAGAGACGUGAAGCCUCACAAUGUCAUGAUUGAUCACGAGAAACGAAAGCUUCGUCUGAUCGAUUGGGGUCUGGCUGAGUUCUACCAUGCCGGUACUGAGUACAACGUGCGGGUCGCUUCUCGCUAUUUCAAGGGUCCGGAGCUGCUCGUGGAUUUCCAGGAGUACGACUACUCGCUCGACAUGUGGUCCCUCGGCGCCAUGUUCGCUUCGAUGAUAUUUAGGAAAGAGCCCUUCUUCCACGGGGCCAGCAACUCCGACCAGCUCGUCAAGAUCGCAAAGGUCCUGGGCACCGACGAGCUCUUUGACUACCUCGACAAGUACGACAUCGAGCUCGAUGCACAGUACGACGAUAUUCUGUCGAAAUACCCCAAGAAGUCGUGGCAUUCGUUUAUUAACUCGGAGAAUCAACGGUUUGUUAGCAAUGAUGCGAUUGAUUUCCUCGAUAAGCUUUUGCGCUACGACCACCAGGAACGUCUGACGGCGAAGGAGGCCAUGGACCACCCAUAUUUUGCGCCCGUCAGGCAAGCAGCAGCAGGGAAUGCCAAUACAGGAUCGUGA